UUUUCAGGGUUAAAGAAGAAAAAGAUGCCAAAGGCAAAUCAAAUCCCUAAAUCGCUGCAAGAGUGCCUCUCAAAACUCAAAAUCUCAAACAAACAGUUUCCACAGCGCCGGCGGCAAAUACUUCCUGGUGGCGCCGGCGGCAAGGAGAAGGAAGACGACAGCGUAACGCUCUCUGAUAUCGACAAAUUCCUAUUCGAGAAUUUCCGAUCGCUCUACCGAGAGGAGUACGAAGAAGGAAUCUCGAGGAAAACCGCGUUUCUGCACGAAUCGCCGCGGCUGCACGAGCCGCCGCCGCCGGAGAACCUCUGCGGAUCGGCGCGGUUCUUCGUCGAGUGCGGGUCGGCGAGCUCGCGGAUCACGGAUGAGCCAUUCUCGUCUGUCUCUUCCUCGUCGACGGCGGCGGCUGACGGUGCGUUGGCGCCGGAGGAUUUCAUCGCGCUGAUGACUUAUUCGCCGGAUCCGUACGAUGAUUUCCGGCGGUCGAUGCAGGAGAUGGUGGAGGUGAGGAUGGAGCAUAAUCGGAAUGUGGAUUGGAAGUUUCUGGAAGAGCUGUUGUUUUGUUAUUUGGAUCUGAACAAUAAGAAGUCUUAUCGGUUUAUUCUGCGAGCUUUCGUCGAUGUGAUCGUGCUUUUGCGAGAGAAAUCCGGCAAAUCGCCGGCAAAUAAGCCGUUGCUGAGCGGCGGAGGUCGGGGAGGGAAGAUGUGAGGCAUGCAUGAAAUGAGUCAAAUUGUGAUUUCUAUAAUUUUAUUCUCCUCUUUUUUUUCAUUGUGACUAUUUAAGAUAAUUGUUUUUAUA